AUGCCAGGUCCCCCAAAAAUAAUAUCGAAUAAUACACAAUAUGGCACAGAAGGAGACAGCGUGAGAGUAGAAUGUGUCUCUUUCUCCGUUCCGAAACCAGAUUUUAUCAUGUGGUCUUUUGAAGGGAGAGAGAUCAAUACGUUUCCUAAUCAGGAAUACGUUUUCUUGGAAAAAACGCUAGCGGAUCACAUGACAAAGUCCACAUUAGUGAUCAGAAAGAGCGAAGCAAGACACUUCGGUAGUUACAAUUGCACCGUAAUAAAUUCUUAUGGCAUGGAGACUAUAGAAAUAAUAUUGGUCGCUGACAAAACCAACUCUUUGAUAUUUAUAGUUUCUGGAUUAUCGUCAGCGGCUAUAUUAGUCCUUGUCGUAAUGUUAGUAGUGAUGCUGUGCUAUAGAAGAGCAAAAUGUGGUGACAUCAAAAAACCCGAUGUCACAGAUAUUAGUAAAACUUGUGUAGACCAGUUUAAGGACACCGAUGGGCAUUCUAAUAUUAGCGAUCUAAAGUUGGAGCUGAGGCAGGUAGAGGAAAGUUGUGAUAUGAUAUCGUGGAAUAUAUUAAUGAUUCCUUUUAAGGAUAUAUCGAAUGGAGGAUCGGAAGCCGAUUUGCAUCCAACGUUACAUCUGACAUCGAACCUUGGACUGCCAUUAGCUGGUCCGGUGUCGAUGCCAGAAGGAUAUGAGAAUGAACUAAUGAAACAAUACCAACGGUAUAGCGGUGAUUUUAAUCAAGCAAUUAACAGUUUACAAUUGAAAGCACAAGGGCAGAGCAAUGGUUAUAUACCUUAUGUGGACUACAGUAGAGACUAUGCUCCACCGCUACCCUCCAAUGACUCAUUGACUGGCUCUCUAACCAGAAGUACUGAGGGAUCAUACCCUAUUCAAUAUGGAUCGCUUCAUAGACAAAGUAGUUGCGGCAGAUUACCUGGUGUAGGGCCCGAUGUUAUACCAAUGGCCAAUUCUGGAGUAAUGUUUACUGGUGGUGUGGAUGUUCGAUACGCUGCGACCUAUGGCAACCCCUACUUGAGAGGUAGCGCUUCUGCCGCUUACGCGCAACAAGUUACUAACCAGAAAGCACCGCCACCCUAUUAUGCAGUUAGGAAUUCAAAUAUGCAUCUGGCAGUGAACUCUAGUUCAUCACCAUCGUCUUCUUCGUCCUCACGACCAGUUACCAGUCCAUUAGCCUCAUCAUCAUCGAACACCAGUGGUGCGCAACCUCAAGUGCCUAAAUUAUCUAUGCAGUCCUCGGGAUCUCUAUAUGUAAUGUCACCGUCCAGUCAAGGAACCUUACAAGCCACUCAAAUUAUUUCCAAAGGUGAGAUCAUUAGGCUGGUCUAG